AUGCUUCAGAUUCAACCUCAAGACAGCAUGGAGAAUAAACAGCAGCAAUUACUCUUAGGAAAGGAAACUAACCCAGCAACUGAAAACCAGUCCUUUGAGAUGCUAAAAGAACUAGCAUUGAAGUGGUUUAUGGAGACGCAGGUUCCUCUUAUAUUACAGAAUGGUAUUUUACCUGAGUGGUUCUAUGGAUUCAUUACAAGAAAGCAGAGUGAAGAGCUGCUUAAAGACAAAGAUGUUGGCUGUUUUCUUAUCAGAUUAAGUGACAGAACAAUUGGUUACAUUCUGUCAUAUAGAGGAAAAGAUCGAUGUCGGCAUUUUGUCAUUAAUCACUUACGGAGCGGACAUUAUGUAGUAUCAGGUGAUACCUGUACCCAUGAAAGCCUCGCAGAGCUGAUAAGCUAUUACCAGACUUCAGAAAUCGAGCCUUUUGGAGAAAAUCUUACAACAGUUUGUGCUCAGCCAAUUGAGAAAAGUUUAUAUGAUGAGAUUGCUUUGGAUCAGCAAAGCUCUUCAAAGCAAAGUAAAUCAAAGAGUGGAGAAGUCAAUCCCUUGCUGAAAAGGCAAGUGUCUGUCAGCUCACAAACCACUGUGCUAAUGAAGAAAGCCACCUCUAUACCUCCACAGUCAAAGAGAGAGCACAAGAACUUAUCAGGAGAAAGAAAGAACUUUAACCCCCAGGAUCCAGACAUAGCCCCACCACUGCCGGAUAGGAUCAGCUUGCUUAUGCAGGAGACAUUCAAGCUAGACUUAAAUGAUCAAGGACACACUAUAUAUGCAGAGCUGAACAAUCAUCUGAAUGACAGAGGCCUUAGUUUGGAGACCCACUCUGCCACUGACAAAGUCCUCAUUGAGAAACCAGCCUGUUCAUCACAAGGAGACACCCAGCAAAAACCAGACCAAGCAAACUACUCUCCUAGCAAAAAAAUCAGCUCUGUGUAUGCUUUGGCUAAGCAAGCUGAAUGUUUCUAUGACAAAAAAAUUGAUCUUAUAAAGCCAUCGCCUCCAGAAACUGUUUAUUCUGAAGUUAUGCUUGAGCAAGGUAAAAGCCAUUCCAUGCUUCUUUGGGGUCAAAAUGUCUGUUCUCUAUCACUUUGUCCAUCAAAUUCUGCAGACACAAAGAAGUUGACAUUAAGUACUCCUGCUUCAACACCUCCCAAGUUGUCUCCUAAGUUACCUAUUAAAGCUGGGACCUCUGUGGAGUCCCAAGGUUCAGAACAGCUGUUUGCACCCUAUGCAACCUCCCUCCAAAGCAAUGAAGGGCUUAGAAAACCAGACAAAAUCUUUUGUGAUUCACCAACACAUAGCACAUAUGGGCAGAUUGAGAAGCUGAAAGCUUGUAAGCCUUUUGCUUCUGGCUCUGAUAGGGGGAACAAUACUUAUGAACAGAUUCCUGUUGGACAGCCUAAGUCAUCUACCCAAGACCAAGCUUCUGAGAGACAUUUUAAGUCUUCUCUAGUACAACCCAAUGAUACUGAUGAUGAGGUGUCUUCUUUGACUAUAGGAUCCUCCAGAACAGAGGACUGUACUGAAAAUACAUAUGAAAAGAUCCCUGAGAAUCUCCAGAAAGGCUCAUCUGCAAAGCAAAUUCCUGCUACUGAUAACAUGUAUGAGCAAAUUUCACUAGACCUUGUGAAGGGAGCAGAAGCAAAACCAAACCAGAAGAUGGACAAGCGAAGAAGAUUUUUUUUUUCUGACAAGAGGAAUAAAUCCUGAAGGAAGAGUUUUAAAUUUGUUCCAUUUAGCCUAGACUAAAGAUCAUAGAAAAACAUGCAGACAAAUUCAUCCCUUGUGUAAUUUCCCCAAUGGCUGUGGUAAAGCAGGGACAUGUUUAGCCUAUACUGUCUAUAAAAGCAAAAAUAGAGAUGAAAUGCUGGAAAAUGAAUACCUGUUUGUCAAAUAGUUACAAAGGCCCCAGCUCAUAAAAAUCUGCACAACUUCAAUUUUCUUUUCACUUGAGCCAUGUGAAUUUAGGACCAAAUUCAGGCACUGACCUAGAGUCCUAAACCCAGGAGCAUGAAACACAUGGUGGAAGUUGGCCACCCCAUGCCAAUUCUCCCCCAAGCUUAUGGGGAAGCAAUCCCUCCAUCACAGACAGUUUAAAUUGGAAUAGGGGAGAGACACAGAUGGUGUGGAUCAGCUGAAAGUGUGUAUCCAUCUUGCCUAGUGUGUCCCUGGUUGGGUAGAGCAACAGGGAUAGCACUGUUUUGAUAUCUGUUUUUAAGGAACCAAUUUAGAGCUAUUCAGCUAGGAAGCCAUCCUGGACCUGCAGUGCAACUUUAUUGAACAUACAAAUUCAUGAACAAUAUUGCAGACCCUGUUGUAAUAAGAACUACUGGCAUAUAUGAAUUUGUGUUCCCUGUCUGUAGAAACUUGUAACUCUUAUUCUUAGUCUACAAGCUCUUUAGAAGCUAGGACUGUCAAUGCUUUUGUUCUUUGUACAGUGCCUAAAACAAUGGGGUCCUGGUCUUGGACUGGAGCUCCACAAUUCACAUCACACCCACCUUUUUAUUAGGGUGAUCAAGAGAUUAAAUAAAUGGUAUUCUAUUAUUGUUU